AUGGAAAACAAGUCAAAGCACAAAGCUGGCCUUAUCCUUUCUCUUGUGGGUCAAACUGACGGGGUUAGACAUUUAAUCCAUAAAAGUAAUUUUGAUCUUUAUAGCUCACCAGCACUCACUUGGAGGGAUACUUUUAUGUGUUACUUGACUCCUGAUACUCCCAAGCCAGCAGAUUUUCCUGCAGUGUGCAGAGAUAUACUGCUGGGAUAUGGAAAACACAUGAUGAACUUAGGGACAUUACUGUUUGAGUUAUUGUCAGAAGCUUUAGGUUUGAAUCCAAACCAUUUGAAAGAUAUGGGUUGUGCUGAGGGGAUUAUCGCUCGCGACCAGUACUAUCCACCUUGUCCGGAACCAGAAUUAACCAUUGGAAUAAACAAGCAUUCUGAUGAUGAUUUCCUCACAGUUGUUCUCCAAGAUCAUAUUGGUGGACUCCAAGUUCUUCAUCAAGAUAAAUGGGUUGAUGUAACACCUAUACCUGAUGCUUUGGUUGUUAAUAUUGGUGAUCUUUUGCAGCUUAUAACAAAUGAUAGAUUCAAGAGUGUUGAACACAGAGUACUUGCAAAGGAACUAAAAAGGUUAUGAUAAUUCUGUACAGGUUAUGAUAAUUCAUCCUCAAAACUCUAUGGACCUAUAAAGGAACUAAAAGAAAAACAUAAAUCAUUUGAUUACGCUCAUAAAGAAAAACAGGGAAACAAAAACAAAAAAGAAAACAUAAAUCAUUCUCUAAGGAAGAUCAACGAUGCCUUCAAGUGGAGAAGCAUUUAUUGA